ACCCUCUCUAGGGCGGGACCUUCCACUCCAGCCAAUUCUGGGAGCCGAACCCUGGCGGUUUGUACUCUUUCUUUCCAAUGAGAAAAAAGGGAAGCUGCUUGGCUCCAAUGACCAAUCCGAGGAGGCGGCGCCUGGUUGUCAGGCAGGUUUGUAAGAGUUCGGGCCAAUUGGAGGCGCAGCCACGGCUCGGCCCGGGCGCAGCGCGCAGGCGGUAGCGGAGAGACGCCGAGCGGGCCGAGUGCGGCCGAGCAGAGCCGGAGCCGGAGCGGGGCCGCAGGAACCGGGCCGGGUGUGGACCGGCCGAGAUGCCCUAUAAACUGAAGAAGGAUAAGCAGGAACCCCCCAAGCUUGCCAAAGGCACAGCCAAGCCCAGCAGCUCAAGCAAGGAUGGUGGAGGGGAGAACACAGAUGAGGCCCAGCCCCAGCCUCAGUCUCAGCCACCAUCAUCCAACAAGCGUCCCAGCAACAGCACACCACCCCCAACACAACUCAGCAAAAUCAAGUACUCAGGAGGACCCCAGAUUGUCAAGAAAGAAAGACGCCAAAGCUCCUCCCGCUUCAACCUCAGCAAGAACCGGGAGCUGCAGAAGCUUCCUGCCUUGAAAGACUCGCCAACCCAGGAGCGCGAGGAGCUGUUCAUCCAGAAGCUACGCCAGUGCUGUGUCCUCUUUGACUUCGUGUCAGACCCACUCAGUGACCUCAAGUUCAAAGAGGUGAAGCGGGCAGGACUCAAUGAAAUGGUGGAGUACAUCACCCACAGCCGGGAUGUUGUCACUGAGGCCAUCUACCCUGAGGCUGUCACCAUGUUUUCAGUGAAUCUCUUCCGGACGCUGCCUCCUUCAUCGAAUCCCACAGGAGCAGAGUUUGACCCUGAGGAAGAUGAGCCUACCUUGGAAGCUGCCUGGCCACAUCUCCAGCUCGUGUAUGAGUUUUUCUUACGGUUCUUGGAGUCUCCAGAUUUCCAGCCAAACAUAGCCAAGAAGUACAUUGACCAGAAGUUUGUACUUGCUCUCCUGGACCUGUUCGACAGCGAGGACCCUCGAGAGCGGGAUUUUCUCAAGACCAUUUUGCAUCGCAUCUAUGGCAAGUUUUUGGGGCUCCGGGCUUAUAUUCGUAGGCAGAUCAACCACAUCUUCUACAGGUUCAUUUAUGAGACUGAACAUCACAAUGGGAUUGCUGAGCUGCUGGAGAUCCUCGGCAGCAUCAUCAAUGGCUUUGCCUUGCCCCUUAAGGAAGAGCACAAGAUGUUUCUCAUCCGUGUCCUGCUUCCACUACACAAAGUCAAGUCCCUGAGCGUAUAUCACCCUCAGUUGGCAUACUGUGUGGUACAGUUCCUGGAGAAGGAGAGCAGUCUCACUGAGCCGGUGAUUGUGGGACUUCUCAAGUUUUGGCCUAAGACCCACAGCCCCAAGGAGGUGAUGUUUCUGAACGAGCUAGAGGAGAUUCUGGAUGUCAUUGAACCCUCAGAGUUCAGCAAAGUGAUGGAGCCCCUCUUCCGCCAACUUGCCAAGUGUGUCUCCAGCCCCCAUUUUCAGGUGGCAGAGCGCGCCCUCUACUACUGGAACAAUGAGUACAUCAUGAGCCUGAUCAGUGACAACGCUGCCCGAGUUCUCCCCAUCAUGUUCCCUGCUCUCUAUAGGAACUCCAAAAGCCACUGGAACAAGACAAUUCAUGGACUCAUCUACAAUGCCCUGAAGCUGUUCAUGGAGAUGAACCAGAAGCUAUUUGAUGACUGUACACAGCAGUACAAGGCAGAGAAGCAGAAGGGCCGGUUCCGAAUGAAGGAGAGAGAGGAGAUGUGGCAGAAGAUUGAGGAGCUGGCCAGGCUCAACCCCCAGUACCCUAUGUUCCGCGCCCCUCCACCACUGCCCCCUGUGUACUCCAUGGAGACAGAGACCCCCACAGCAGAGGACAUCCAACUUCUGAAGAGAACAGUGGAAACGGAGGCUGUGCAGAUGCUGAAGGACAUCAAGAAGGACAAAGUACUGCUCCGGAGGAAGUCAGAGCUGCCACAGGACGUGUACACCAUCAAGGCACUAGAGGCACACAAGCGGGCAGAAGACUUCCUAACUGCCAGCCAGGAAGCUCUCUGACCCCUCACCUUCCCACAGGGUCACAGCCCACUCAGACUGGGGACGCAGCCCGGCCCUCCACCCUCUGCUCCUUAUCG